AUGAAAGCCUUGGACAACCAACGCAUUACUACUCCAUACGUAAAGAUACCUCGUAAGUUGUAUAGCAACUUCAAGAUUGGAAUUUCGCCGUUCUACAAGGACAACAUCAUCGACAUGGAGAGAACGAUACGACUUGUUGACACAAUCUCACCUAAAAUAUUCACAGUAGCUCUCGAGAACGCAAUGCGAAAGCUGGAAUAUUGCAAGAUAGGAGUGAUGAUCGGCUGCUACACUAUCUGCGCUUCGCUGCUCUAUAUCGUUAGUAGUAUGUCAGAGGACCAGUUAAAGAGAAAGCGGUGCUAUAGUGCGGUCAGAACGACAUGA